AUGGGGAGCGGCGCUGGGGAGUGGGGCUGGGCUGAGAGGCGGCGAGCGCUCUUUCCCUUUCUGCUGUCAUUGUUCGGCCUGGCGCUCUCGGAGCAGAUCCACUACAGGAUUCCCGAGGAAAUGCCCAAGGGCUCGGUGGUGGGGAACCUGGCCAAGGACCUGGGGCUCGGUGUGCACGAGUUACCGACUCGAAAACUGCGGGUCAGUUCGGAGAAGCCUCACUUCACUGUGAGCGCAGAGAGUGGCGAGUUACUUGUGAGCAGCAGGGUAGACCGGGAGCAGAUAUGCGGGAAGAAGGCGGCCUGUGCUCUGGACUUUGAGGCUGUUGCUGAAAAUCCGUUAAACUUUUACCACGUGAAUGUGGAGAUCGAGGAUGUCAAUGACCACACACCAAAAUUCAUGCAAAACGCCUUUGAACUUCAAAUAAGCGAAUCCACAAAGCCUGGCACACGAUUUAUUUUAGGAUCUGCCCAUGAUGCAGAUAUAGGUACCAACUCUCUACAGAAUUAUCAGCUCAGCCCCAACGAUCAUUUCACACUCGUGAAUAAAGAGAAAUUAGAUGGAAGUAAAUAUCCGGAGCUGAUACUGAAGACACCUUUAGAUCGAGAAGAACAGAAAUCCUACCGCUUGACCUUAACUGCCUUGGACGGUGGUGAUCCACCCCUAACCAGCACCGCACAGAUACAGAUCCUAGUGACUGACGCCAACGAUAACCCCCCGGUGUUCAGCCAAGAUAUAUAUCGGGUGGGUCUACGGGAAAACUUGUCCCCAGGCACUACUGUGCUUCGCGUGAUGGCUACCGAUCAGGACGAAGGUGUCAAUGCAGAGAUCACCUUCUCUUUCAGCGAAGCAGACCAGAUCACCCAGUUUGAUGUGGAUCCAAGUACUGGGGUAAUUACUCUUCUAAGUACGUUAGAUUUUGAAGAAGUCAAAGACUAUUCCAUGGUUUUAGAAGCAAGGGAUGGUGGAGGAAUGGUUGCGCAAUGUACAGUGGAGGUAGAAGUCCUAGAUGAAAACGACAACGUCCCGGAAGUGAUAGUCCAAUCUCUAACCGACUUAGUUAUGGAAGACACUGAGCUAGGAACCUAUAUUGCUUUGCUCAAAGUACGUGACAAGGAUUCUGGAGACAAUGGAGAAGUUUCUUGUAAGUUAGAAGGUGAUGUUCCGUUUAAAAUACUCACUUCUUCAAGGAACACGUACAAGUUAGUGACAGACGGGGAUUUAGACCGAGAACAGACCCCAGAGUACAACGUCACCAUAACAGCCACUGACAGAGGCAAGCUGCCACUAUCCUCCAGCACAAGCAUCACCUUACACAUCGGGGAUGUCAAUGACAACGCUCCGGUGUUCCUUCAGGCCUCUUAUGCUGUCCACGUGGCUGAGAACAACCCUCCUGGCGCCUCUAUCGCUCAAGUUAGCGCCUAUGACCCUGACUUGGGACUAAAUGGCCUAGUGUCUUAUGCUAUCGUGGCCAGUGACCUGGAACCUCGGGCGCUGUCCUCCUACGUGUCUGUGAGCGAGCAGAGUGGAGUGGUGUUCGCGCAGCGCGCCUUCGACCACGAGCAGCUGCGCGCCUUCGAGCUGACGCUGCAGGCGCGUGACCAGGGCUCGCCCGCGCUCAGCGCCAAUGUGAGCCUGCGCGUGUUGGUGGACGACCUCAACGACAACGCGCCGAAAGUACUGUACCCGGCGCUGGGACCCGACGGCUCUGCACUCUUCGACACAGUACCGCGUGCCGCACAGCCGGGCUAUCUGGUCACCAAGGUGGUGGCGGUGGACGCAGACUCUGGGCACAACGCCUGGCUAUCCUACCACGUGCUACAGGCCAGCGAGCCCGGACUCUUCAGCCUGGGGCUGCGCACGGGUGAGGUGCGCACAGCACGCGCCUUGGGCGACAGGGACGCAGCCCGCCAGCGCCUGCUGGUCGCUGUGCGCGAUGGAGGACAACCGUCCCUCUCAGCCACAGCCACGCUACACCUGGUCUUCGCAGACAGCCUGCAGGAGGCGCUGCCAGACCUCAGCGAUCUUCCUGCACCCCCUGACGCCCAGGCGGAGCUGCAAUUUUAUCUGGUGGUGGCUUUGGCCUCGAUCUCCGUGCUUUUCCUCCUGGCGGUGAUUCUAGCCAUCGCCCUGCGCCUGCGUCGCUCCUCCAAUACCGCUGCCUGGAAUUGCUUUCAGCCUGGCUUUUGCUCUAAAUCUGGACCCGUGGUUCCUCCUAACUACAGUGAGGGGACUUUGCCUUAUUCUUACAAUCUGUAUGUUGAGCAGAUGGGAAAGACAGAAUUUAACUUCCUGAAAUAUAACGAGCAAUUGAAUUCAGGACAAGACAUAGUUUGCAGUGAUUCUCCAGGGGCCUUAUAUCCACUUAGUUCAAAUGAGUCAACUUCUCAUCCUGAGACUCUAAUGCCGGUGAGUUUCAUCUAA